GGGCGGCGGGGCGGGACCGGCCCGAGGGGCUGCAGCCCAGGCGGCGGGACACCCUGAAGCACCCGGGCGGCGGCGGCUGCGGGGACUCGGGACCCCUCCCCACCCCAGGAGGAAGGAAAGAGGAGAGGAACCAAGCAGGAAGGAAGGAGGGAGGGAACAAGCCAAGCCCCCCUUCCCGAGGAUGACACUCAACACGCAGCAAGGAGCAAAGACCUCCCUCCAGAGGAGAGCCAGCACCCCGCUGCCCCUGUCAUCCCGGGGUCAUCGGCCAGGCCUCCUGUGCGCCACACCGUCCAUGAAGUCCCAGCAUCCCCGGCUGGGCCAGUCAGCCUCUCUCAACCCUCCUGCCCGGCAACCCUCACCAGCCCCCAACAGCUGGUCCUCAGAAUCCAGCGACUCGGAAGGCUCCUGGGAAGCCCUUUACCGGGUGGUGCUGCUUGGAGACCCGGGAGUUGGGAAGACCAGCCUGGCCAGCCUCUUUGCAGGGAAGCAGGAACGGGAGCUCCAUGAACAGCUGGGAGAAGAAGUGUACGAGAGGACGCUCACAGUGGAUGGAGAGGACACCACGCUGGUGGUCGUGGACGCCUGGGAGGCCGAGAAACUGGAUGCGAGCUGGAGCCAGGAGUCGUGCCUGCAGACGGGCAGCGCCUACAUCAUCGUCUACUCCAUUGCAGACAGAGGCAGUUUCGAGAGCGCCUCUGAGCUCCGCAUUCAGCUCCGGCGCACCCAUCAGGCGGACCACGUGCCCAUCAUCCUGGUGGGCAACAAGGCAGACCUGGCACGCUGCCGAGAAGUUUCCGUGGAAGAGGGUCGCGCGUGCGCGGUGGUGUUCGACUGCAAGUUCAUCGAGACGUCGGCCGCGCUGCAGCACAACGUGGCCGAGCUCUUCGAGGGCGUCGUGCGCCAACUGCGCCUGCGCCGCCGGGACAGCGCGGCCCGGGAGCCGCCGACCCCCCGCCGGCGCGCCAGCCUCGGCCAGCGCGCGCGCCGCUUCCUGGCCCGCCUGACUGCCCGCAGCGCCCGCCGCCAGGCGCUCAAGGCGCGCUCCAAGUCCUGCCACAACCUGGCGGUGCUCUGAGGCCACCUGCGGGGGGCGGCGGGACCCUGGGGUGCAGGCUGGGCAUCUCCAAGCAGCAAAGGCGUCGUGGGCCCUGCUGGCCUUGCGGCCGGAGGGCUGGAGCACUGCCCACGGCCCCGGCUUUGGGGAGCCGCCUUCUGCCCUGGCCAAGCGGUGGACAGACUUGCGGUGCCGCAGGCCCAGACUGGUCCUAAGAAUCGUUUGUUUCCUUCUGUUUGUUUUUUAAAAUGGGGUUCGUAUCUUUUUGUAAAAAUCUGUCUUGUCUCGGGGCCGCAGCGACAGUUCAGUGGGUAGGGCGUUUGCCUUGCAUGCUGCCAGCCUCGACCAGCACCCCCUAUGGCCCCCCCAAACCUGCCAGAAGUAAUUCCUGAGUGCAGAGCCAGGGCCAGGAGUAAGCCCUGGACACCGCCUGGUGUGGCCCCCAAACAAGCAAACAAACAAAACACUCUUGUCUCUGGACUCUGGCCAAGAACCACCCCCCACCUUCC